AUGACGCUUUUCGAAGCAAACUUCAUUCUUCGCAUUGAAGGCAACCGUGCGGUGCAAGAGCUCCCUGACUUUCCAGUUCGGGCGGGGAGCACAGAUAUGGGAAACUUUGCCGACUGGAUUGCGGCUAAGGUGCCUGUACCGAAUCUGUUCUAUGGCUUCACAGGCUACAGCGGCACUAAGAUCGGCAUGGAGGCAGGAUACUCAGAGACACAUGAGUCGCCCGCUGCAAUGCAGGCACAGAGCUCGCAGGUGAACUUGAAUUAUUUGGGCACCUUCAACCACGAUCCCCAUGUCGUCGGAGAGGACGGCUUCAGCAUUGCCCAGUCGAAGGAGUGGAAGAAGGCCCUGGCAGACGAAGCGCGCUUCAUUGAUCGGGUGUCCCAGCGCGAGGCAAUCAUCAUGGGUUUGCAGCAGUGUAAAAUCGUGCACAUGGAAGCAGAGUGUGCGAUGUACGUCGAUGCCAUCGAGCGCUUAACCAAGCUGCUGGCUGACCAUGUCGCAAACGGCUCAGACUGUGGCAGCAAGUGA